AAUGUUGAAAUAUUGCAUUAUAAAUGCUAAAAAGAUAAUACCUAUAUCUUUGGCAACAUCUGGAGUAUUUUAUUGCUGUGAUAAAAAAUUUGAUGGAAAAGCGUCUAGUGCUUUUCUAAGAAUGGGUAGAGCUGUUUCAACAGUUUCGGCUAUUGUAUUUGAUUAUAAAUUAGCGUUAAGAAAGUUAGAUGAGAGUUCAGACGUUUAUAGAGACGUAAAAUCUAGAGUCCAUUCAAGAGCAGCUGUUAGAUUAAAGGAACUUUGUAAAAAGAACGGAGGGGUGUACAUUAAAGUUGGACAACAUCUCAGUUCUCUCGACUAUCUGCUACCUCGAGAAUAUACGUCAUGCUUAAAAGAGUUACUUAGUAAAGCCCCAGUCUCACCAAUUGAAGAAGUAUUCGCCGUAAUAGAAGAGGACCUUAACGAUAAGGUAGAGAAUAUCUUUCAAGAGUUUAGCGAAGAGCCAAUAGGAGCGGCUAGUUUGGCUCAAGUUCAUAAGGCUAAAUUAAAGAAUACAGGAGAUCUUGUGGCUGUUAAAGUUCAACAUAAAGUUGUAAAGCAAAAUUCAGAUAUUGAUAUAUUAACUAUGGAAAUUUUAGUAACUUUAGUAGGUAAAACAUUCCCGGAAUUUUCUUUUAUGUGGCUAGUCGAAGAAACAAAGAAGAAUUUACCUAAAGAAUUAGAUUUUAUUCACGAAGGAAAAAAUUGCGAAAAAGUUGAAAAAAUGUUUAAACAUUUAAAAUUUCUUAAAGUUCCAAAAGUUUAUUGGAAGUUUAGCAGUCAUAGAAUAUUAACGAUGGAAUAUUGCGAAGGAAAUCAAAUUGACGAUACCGCCUACGCUAUUAAAAAUCAAAUAAAUAUACGUAAAACAAUUAGCUAUUUAACUCAGUUAUACGGAGAAAUGAUUUAUGAGAAAGGUUUCAUUCAUUGCGAUCCUCAUCCUGGAAAUAUUCUUAUUAGAGGAAAAGGAAGAAAUGAUGUUGAAUUAGUUCUAUUAGAUCAUGGUUUAUAUCAGACGCUAACCGAAGAUUUUCGCAUCGAGUAUUCAAGGCUGUGGUUAUCGUUAAUGAAAUCGGAUAUCGAAAGCAUAAAAAAGCACGCAAAUUUUCUCGGAGUUGGUCAUCUUUAUGGUUUGCUGGCUACUAUGGAAGAGUAUAUUCGAUUACAUGCUGGAAAAUUUAUAACCGAAAUAGCCGAAGUUUUAGCAACCGUACCACGUCAAAUGCUUCUAGUAUUGAAAACAAACGACCUUAUUCGAAGUAUAGAGUAUACUCAUAAUAUGAGAUCCGAUCCGAGAAAUCUUCUAAAAGUUGCUGAGAGUUGUACUAAUGCAGUAUAUCGCUAUGAAAAGGAAAAAUCUUCCAAGUUUACCUAUCUGUUUCUUUCUUUUGCUCAUUCUAUUGCUAUUAUGAAAUUGGGUUUCUAUUCCCAUUUAAUGUCGUUAUCUCGAAUUGGUUUGAGAUAUUUUCAUUUCUUUAGGCGUUUAUUCAGUAGCUCACAGUUGGCUCUGAACUAG